AGAUGUUCCCUUGCCCGUCGUUUCAUCGGGUUUGACAGGGUUUCAUCUUUAGCGGCAGAGAGCAGGGCCGGGAGCAGAAAUGGCGGACAAGUCGGCCAAGGCAAGAAAGAGCGAGGUCGUCACCAGGGAGUACACCGUUAAUCUCCACAAGCGCCUGCACGGAUGCACAUUCAAGAAGAAGGCACCAAAUGCUAUAAAGGAACUCAGAAAAUUUGCUCAGAAGGCUAUGGGUACCACCGAUGUUAGAGUCGACGUGAAACUUAACAAGCAUAUAUGGAGUCGUGGAAUUAGGAGUGUGCCUAGGAGGGUCCGUGUCCGCAUUGCACAAAAGCGAAAUGAUGAGGAAGAUGCCAAGGAGGAAUUCUACUCUUUAGUAACAGUAGCAGAGGUACCUGCAGAAGGAUUGAAGGGCUUGGGUACCAAGGUCAUCGAUGAAGAGGAUUAGAUCAGCUUGCCAAAACUAGGUCCAUUUUUGUUAUUUUAUUGUCUCACGUAUCCAUUUUUGACUUGAGGAUUUAUUAAACUGGGGUGAAGAGUUAAAAUUUAUUUGAUUUAUACCCUUUCAGAGAUUUUAUGUUUCAUGUUAUUGAUUCUGACAUAUUAGACCA